AUGAUAACAGUUGAAAAUACUGAAAUUAGAAAUUAUUUUUUAAAUUGUAGCACUGAUAAACUUCUAGAGUACAUUAAUGAAAUCAAAAAUGCAUUGAAAUUAUUUUCAGAUAAUCAUUCUAUCAUUCCUAAUCGAUUAGUACAAAAGACCCCAAAAGAAGGUGUACUACAUUUUUAUAUGCCUGUAAUAGAUGACACUUAUUCAGGUUUGAAAACUUUGACUCACAAUGAAAAGAGUAAUAAAGGAUUUAUAGGCUCAAUUAUUGUAGAAGACUCUUCAAAUGGGAAAAUAGAAGGGAUUUUAGAUGCAAAGGAAGUAACAGGUAUUAGAACUGCAAUGGCUAGUUGCAUCCCAAUUUUACCUCAUUUAUCAAAUUAUAUUUCACAUUUGGAUGGUAAUAUAAAUAUUGUAGUAUUUGGUUCCGGCUUACAAGCAUUUUGGCAUAUUUAUAUAGUUAUUAAACUUUUUUACCCAACUUCAAAUUUUUCAUAUCCAGAUUUAAAAUGCAUCAAUGUAACUGUUCUAUACCGUAAUAGAAAAAUGCAAUUGGAUGAAUUACAAGACUGUUUAUCAGACUGUCCAUUUGAGUUAAAGUUUGAACAAUACAAUUGGGAAAAUUUGAGCGCAUUGCAAAGUACAAUUGAUGAUGCUAAUAUAAUUUUUGGAUGUGUACCAUCAAGAUGUCCAGUACUUUAUUAUAAACACUUAUUACCUAAAACAGGUUCACAAUUGGUUGAUCAGUACACUUAUAUUUCACUAAUAGGUAGUUAUACCCCAGGCAUGAGAGAGUGUGAUAAUACAUUAAUACAAAGAUUUCAAGCUUUAGACGCUCCAAUUAUAGUGGAUUCAAAAUCUCAUUCUUUGGGUGAAUCAGGGGAAUUAAUUGCAUCCAAUGUGAAAAAAAAUCAACUAAUAGAAAUUGGUAAGUUACAUGAAAACUUGGAAUUACCAAAAAUUGCAAUUGCGAACGGCCAUAGGAAGAUAACCCUUUGCAAGCUUGUUGGCCUAGCAAUUAUGGAUAUUGCAUUUGCAAAAAAAUAUAUACAUGGAUUAAAGAACUCCCAAAAUUAA